CUCAAGGACCCGAUUGUCGGUGUCACCGAGACAUUCCUUGCCGAUUCUUCGCCUAAUAAGAUCAAUCUCGGCGUGGGAGCUUACAGAGAUGAUGAUGGCAAACCUGUUGUGCUCCAAUGUGUUCGAGAGGCGGAGGCGAGGAUUGCUGGUAGUGAGUUCUUGGAAUCAAUAUCCAGUGCUGUUGCUUCAGAAAUGGUUGAGGAGAGUGCAAAAUUAGUUUAUGGAGCAGCUUCAGAUGUUAUAAAAGAAGGCAAGGUGGCUGGAGUUCAAGCUCUCUCUGGUACAGGUGCAUGCCGUCUCUUUGCUGAAUUUCAGAGGCGCUUCUAUCCUGAAUCUGGAAUUUAUUUGCCUAACCCAACUUGGUCAAACCACCACAACAUUUGGAGAGAUGCCCAAGUUCCUCUGACAAGCUUCCAGUACUACAAUCCUGAUUCCAAAGAUUUAAAUUUUGGAGCACUCAUGGAUGAUAUCAAGAAUGCACCAGAUGGUUCUUUUUUUCUACUACAUCCUUGUGCUCACAAUCCAACAGGGGUUGACCCUACUGAGGAACAGUGGAGAGAAAUAUCAUAUCAAUUUAAACCAUUCUCCUGUUUAAUAGCCAAAUAUGUCUUUAGGCUUUUAGAUGGUUACUUUAAAAUUGGAUUACCUUCAGAUUUCAGUCUCAAUAUUCUCAUUCAGAGCUUUGGUUUAAACUAUGUUAGUAUCCUCUGUGCCACUGCAAAACAAGCAGCUGCAGUUAAAAGCCAACUGCAGCAGAUAGCCAGGGCAAUGUAUAGCAGUCCUCCGAUUCAUGGUGUGUUGCUGGUCUCCACAAUUUUGAACGACCAAAAUCUGAAGGCACUUUGGGUCAAUGAAAUUCAGGUCAUGGCCAACCGCAUUCGGAGAAUGAGAACCUCUCUCAGACAAGUUCUUGAGAAAUUGGGUUCUUUGCUCAACUGGGAGCACAUAACUAAUCAGGUUGGUAUGUUUGCUUCACUGGGUCUAAUCCCUGAUCAAGUAGAUUACUUGCAGAGGGAAUUUCAUAUAUACAUGACCGAUGAUGGACGUAUAAGCGUGGCAGGUGUUACUCCGAGCAAUGUGAGUUACUUAGCAAAUGCAAUACAUGAAGUCACAAAACCUUAUCAAAAUUCAAGUAGUCUCCAUUACUAUCGGUCUUUGGAGGCUUAUACUUGAUGUUUAUAUUAAAAAAUGUGAAGGCCAAACUUCUGUUGAUGAUCCUGUAACUAGAAACAUUCUUUGGUGAAGAGUUGAAGAUACAAUAAGACAAAAUCGUUUAUUUUUGCACAUGAUAUCGACAUUAUCAUGUACUUUGUUCUUAUAAAACUGAACUGGUUCCUAACCAAGGAUGGUGAAGCUUCAUGUGCAAAUUCAAAAUGUUUAUUAAUAAUUGAUUUGAAGUGAAUUAAGAUGAUUUAAUCGUUCGUGG